AUGCAAGAAGCACGUCGUCUCGACGAUGAAAAACACCAAGAGUUGCGGGAGGAGAAUCUAGUUCACCUCAUUAGCGAAGGGGCGAGUAAUGCUGGUGAUGGAUCAUCAGUGGCAUCGUCAAUCCAAUUAGAGGAGACUGACCUGGCGUCUGUCACGACCUCCGAGGCCGACAAGUCCAAGUCUGAAUACAGCAUCGUCUACCCAGUCCCCGCUCCUCCAAAACGGCACAAAAAGGCGUCGAGGCGGCUCGAUGGGGCUGUUUCCGAUGAUGAGCCACUGGUCGACAAGACGGCAGCCCUCACGCUCAAGUCCAAGAAGCUUGCGCGUCGUCAGAAGAAACAAGCGAAGAAGCGUGUCGAAACCUCUAUCCACACCAUGCUUGACCUGCCGCACGAGGUCCUCACUCAUAUUCUCAGCUACCUCAAACCUACCGACAUGUUUACGCUGCUGCGGGUGUCGCGCUCGGUGAAUGAAGUCAUCCAGGACAACGAAUCCAACAUUGCCGCUGCCAUAAUUAGCCAUCGUUAUCGCUUCUUGUCACAGUGCUUUCCACCCCCUGUGCCCCUGGCUUCGGUGCCGGCCCAGGCUCACUCGGCCCUCCUCUCGGAGAGGUGGCAGCAUUUGGUCCGCAUUCAUCGCUUCUCGUAUCAACAAAUUACGCAAGUAGCUGAUCCUGCACUGGUGUGUUCAUGCACCGCUUGCGUCCUUGCCUGGAACAACCUCAACACGAUCCUCGAUCUUGCGCACUGGCAGUACAAUCUUGCCCAUCGAGAGCCGCUGCCCAUAAUCCCACGAGGUCAGAAGCCCGAUUGGAAUACCAAGCUCCUCUCCAACCACGCAGAAAUCGUCACCCGGGCCAUGUAUCACCCGCUGACGUACCUCGCUAUCCUUCAAAUACAUCUCGACACCACAACCUCAACCAUCCUGCGCUCCUCUCGCUGGCGCAGGAAGGGCGAGAACCCGAAUAUCGUCAAGCCCCGCCUCUACGGUCUGACCGAUACCGAAGCAGAGAGCGGCACAGACACAUAUCUAGCAAGGAAAGGACGAGAGAAUUUCAACCCCAUCUAUAUGCGCGACCAAUACUACACCACCGAAGUCUGGAUGCCAAACCGGAAGUGGGACCGCGAGGAGGAGCGAUGGCGGUACUAUGCAAAGCCGCAGCACGAGAACGACGUAAAAUGGAUUCAAGAGCGCUUUACACCUACCGAGUAG